AUGAACUGGAUGACGGGCGGGAAACACCGCGCGCUGUACUCGCAGCGCGGCCAACGUCGACAGAUGCACUUUCCAUCGCAAGUCCAGCGGCAGCGUGUCAAGCCCUCGAGCCCAUCUCGAAGCGCUCAGCCAGCAGCAGCAGCCAGAGCGCGCGACUCGACCACGCCUUGGUACAUUGUACAAGUAGGAGACGACACCGAGUCUCAAGACAUUCGCGUGCUGGAGCUCGAGCGGCAGAGAGCAAAGAGUUCCAAGCCUGCCACGAGUCAAGAAGUGACGGGGGAAACUGCAGCGCUGGAGGUGACGAGUGACUGGACACUGGACAGCAGAGCACGAUUGAGUCCAAGCCACAAGACGAGGCGUGGCCAAGACGCAGUGGAGGGUCGAGACGGAAGCAGUGGGAGCAGGUGUGUCUUCACUCCAGUCAAGAAGGCGAGAAGAGGCGAACGGCCGUUCCGAGCUGUUCAACGACUGCCAGAUGCCAGUGGUGGAGAACGACCACUGUCAACAGUUGCCUCUGGUGGUGACACGGUCUUUGUCAACGACGGUGAGGAGCUUCGACACGAGACGCAGGCUCAACACACUGAGCGAGAAUGUGCUCGUCGGUUUCCAUUUGAAACACACGAUGGUCGCUUUUCACAGCACAUCGGCCAGAACGACGAUCAAAACGUGCGGCAGGUAUUCUUGUCCCAGCAUCUGAUGGAGUUGGUACUUAUGUCAAAGUACUGCUGUCCACGCAGCUUUUCCAGCAUCAUCGUCAAUCUAGUCUGGACGAAGACCACGACACAGAAACAGCCUUCGACUGUCGAAUGCCUGAGGUUCAGCAGCAAGCAUUUGACGGCAUACACGGCCAGCAACAAGCCUUCCUUGACGAAGUGA